AUGGCGCUGCGAGGCAUCAUCGCCCAGCCUACACCGAAGAAUUCCACAUCGGUUGGAUCGGCGACCGACGCACAUCCGGCCCGGUUGGUGGCCAACCGAGGAAAAUGCGGCUCCGUUGGUGGCCAACCGAGGAAAAUGCGGCUCGGUUGGCAUGCAUGGGCGCUUCCAGAGCCGUCCGUCCAAGUGAUGCUCAGGCUUCAGCACCUCUCCAGGCCUCUACAUGUAAAUAAGUACAGCACCGAGCACAUCGGCAUAGUACUGUUCAGUAUUCCUAUCAGUAUCGGUCGGCAUGCGGGGCACUGUAUCAGCAGGAGCAGGCUUCUGGCUCCUUCUGGUUCUGGAAUCUGGUCAACUUCUGUGUUGUACGUUGCCAAACCCUCUGGCGCCUCUACCCUUGUUUUCUUGCAACCACGCGUUCUGGCCACCAACCCACUUCGCUUAGUUUCCUUCUGCGUGGAUACUCUAGAGGCCCGAUCAGCUGUUCAACUCACGAAACCGGGCUCGAUGGCCUGGUCAAUAUCUCGAAUCGGAAUUAAUGGCACAUUUUACACAUCACCCCCUACGAUCUUUGCCAUUCUGCUUCUCUAUCAUUCGUUUCUUUCCUGUUUCUCAGAGCCUUCUCGACCCAUUCUUGAGCACCGGGCUCUUCCCGCCACCAAAUCAGAUCAACCGAACUCAACAUCUCUUCAAGGAUCACAUUAUAUCAAAAACACAUUUUUGCGCUCCAACCUGAAAGAAAAUCAAACUGGCUUCCCUUUGUCAAUUCAAUUCACCGUAUUAGAUACGGAUUCUUGCGCGCCCGUUGAGAACGCUUUAGUCGAAAUUUGGGGCUCUAACAGUCAUGGCGCAUAUUCCGGAGAACCCACCGGCUCGAGUCCUUCUCAGGCGGAUUGCUCCUCAUGGUUAAGAGGAGGCUUAGGCACAGAUUCCGAGGGGAUAGCCAGAUUUGAAACCAUUUACCCUGGCCCGGAAGUGAAACGAGCUCCCCGCAUAUAUGCCAUCGUCAGAACCGACUGGUAUGAAAUCGCUAAUCAGAAAACAAUAGACUCCGAUUCCGUGCAAUACGCUGCAGCAACUGGCCAAGUCUUUUUUCCGGAUGAACUGAAUGAAAAGAUCUACAAAGAUCCGAACUACAAGGAUGCAUCGACUAAGGCCGUCAAGAACGAGGCUGACCCGUCAUACAAGGUUGACUCCGGUUCCUGGAAAGCCCAAGCAGAGCCCUUUGACGGUGGAAGUAGCGGUGGCGUUCGUGCACAUGUAACGAUUUCAUUAAAUAUCAACGCACCCCCAAAAAUUGAAAUCGGCACUGCACCUGGCCGAUGUACGCCUGGAAGCAACAAUCCACCUGAUAGUGGUGGCACUGAGCGCAUCCAUCCACCCCAAGAGGAACAAAGUUCUACCGCACCCUCGUUCCAGCCACCUAUUAUUGCUAUCAUGAUGAUCAGCAUGAUGCUCAUCUACGGUUUGUAUGGUCACGGAGGCCCCUCGGACAAUGGGAGUGGGAAAAGUCAGAAGUGUCAUACAUGA